UGCCUGCUUUUUUACAAUUUAAAUAUUAGCGUGCUAUACAAUCCAUAACAUGGCGACUGUUCGAUGCUAACAUAAAAGAAGCCGACACAGAGUGAUCAUCCUGAUUAUACUUAUACUGUGGUAUCACUUGACUACCAAGAAGAAAUGAAAUGAAACAUAGAACUAUAUUGGGUCAAAGUACGCAUUGUGAACGUGUUUCAUGCCGGUGACUGUAGUCGAACCAAGUCGAACAACGAACGUAGUGGAACAGAGUGACAUAUACAGUAAUCGCACUAAACAGGAGAAAAAAUUCAUCUGUCUGAAUUAAUUAUAGAAAAUGCUUUCCGUUGUGAAAAAUAGCUUUGUGGCGAAGCAAAGUUUCGCUAAAUACGGAGCUUGUGGAAAUCAUUGGAAUGUAAUUGUAAAUAAGUCAUAUGCAACAAAACACAACAAUGCUGCAAAAAAUAUUGUUUAUAUUGAUGGUGUUAGAACACCAUUUCUGCAAUCUGGAACAACUUAUAAAAACUUAAUGGCAAAUGAUCUUGCAAGACAUUCAUUGGUGGCCUUACAAAGAAAAAUUAAUUUUCCAAAAGAGGUGGUGGAAUACAUAGUCUAUGGUACAGUAAUGCAAGAAGUAAGAACUUCCAAUAUUGCCAGAGAAGCUGCUUUAGCAGCUGGGUACAGUAAUCGUACUCCUGCGCAUACAGUAACUAUGGCAUGCAUCAGUAGCAAUCAAGCUCUUACAACUGGUAUGGGUUUGAUUGCUUGUGGUGUAUAUGAUGUAAUCGUUGCUGGUGGAGUCGAAUUUAUGUCUGACAUACCAAUUAGGCACAAUCGGCGUAUGAGAUCUUUAAUGCUACAGGCCAACAAAGCGAAAACAUUAACACAAAAAUUGUCUCUCCUCGCUCGUAUUAGAGCCGAACAUUUUAUACCGGAUUUGCCUGCUGUAGCAGAAUUUUCGAGCCAAGAAACAAUGGGACACAGCGGCGAUAGAUUGGCAGCAGCGUUCGGAGUAUCGAGGAAAGAACAGGACGAAUACGCUUUACGUUCGCAUACUUUGGCCGCUAACGCACAAAAACAAGGAUAUCUUACAGACGUAAUUCCUUAUAAAGUUCCAAAUGUGGAUCCCGUAGUUGAUAAAGAUAAUGGAAUUCGUGUUUCUACGCCCGAGCAAUUAGAAAAAUUGAAACCAGCAUUCGUUAAACCAUAUGGAGGAGUAACCGCUGCCAAUGCUUCUUUCUUGACCGAUGGAGCUUCAGCGGCUUUAAUUAUGACAGAAGAGAAAGCUCUUCAACUUGGCCUCACGCCGAAAGCGUAUUUAAGAAAUUUCACUUACGUUUCUCAAGAUCCAGUCGACCAAUUACUGUUAGGACCAACAUAUGCAAUACCAAAGGUAUUAGAGAAGUCAAAAUUAACCGUGAAGGAUAUAGGAGUAUGGGAAAUACACGAAGCUUUUGCUGGACAAAUUUUAUCCAAUUUGAAAGCAUUAGAUUCCGACUGGUUUGCACAGAAUUAUUUAGGAAGAUCAACAAAAGUAGGAUCACCGGAUCUUAGUAAAUGGAAUGCAUGGGGUGGAUCUUUAUCAAUUGGUCAUCCAUUUGCAGCAACGGGAGUUCGGUUAGCUACGCACACGGCUAAUCGGCUUAUCAGAGAAGAUCAACAAAUUGGAUUAAUUGCAGCUUGUGCAGCUGGUGGACAGGGAGUGGGUAUGAUCAUGGAAAGGUACCCUGGAGCUAAAGUUUGAAUACAAGAAUGUAAUUCAGUAAUCAGUUAUCUUGAGG